AUGGAAGCUUCAACUCCAUUGUCAAACAUACCUAAUGAAAUCAUUCAGCAUAUACUUUUGCAGUUGCCGAUGAAGGCUGUGAUUCGGUGCCAAUGCGUAUGUAAACAGUGGCAUUCCUUGAUAAACCACGACUCAAAUUUCAAGCUCUUGUAUCGUGGACAACGACGACUCAUAACUCUCUCGCUCGAAUCCAAAACUCUGCGAGAUUCUAACUGGAAUUCCAGAUUCUUAGUUAGAUCCACAACCCAUGAUUUUCGUCUUCAAAGGCACAAAUGCCCGUUUGGAGAGGCUCCUUUUCCAAGUGUUUACUGUGUUACACCUUUGUGUUCUUGCAACGGGUUUGUGCUUCUGGGGGCUGGGAGAAAAAUUGUGUUGUGGAACCCGUCCACCAGGUGUUUGACGAAAGUGCUCAAGUUGCCAUACCCGGAUGAGUUAAAAUUGGUUAUUCUUGGAGGGUUAUGCUACGAUCCCUGCACUAGAGAUUACAAGGUUGUCCUAUUAAUUCGCUCCAUAACACAGCCGCGGUUUGAAUUUGGCUAUCCAUUUGUGAUAUCUGCAAGCCUCAACCACAAAGAGUGGCGACCAAUGCAGUUCCCUUAUGACUUGAAGUCUGCUAGAGGCAGCGUGGAGUUUCGCAAUACAUUUCACUGGUGGGCAAGUGACAUCAAAGAUUGGGAUUGGGACAUCAAAGAUUGGGAUGGUGAUAGGAAUAUGAUUCUAUAUUUUGAUCCUGUGCGUGAUGAAUUCAGAAUCUUGCCCACUCCUGAACUGAGAAAAAAAUUCUCCAUAGUCGGGUUGGGGGUUAUAGAUGACUGUUUAUCCAUGGCAUGCAUUGUUCACAAAGCGGAAACAUUCAAAACUCAAACAAUGCAAGUAUUGAUUAUGAAGGAAUAUGGCAUACAAGAAUCAUGGAUGACUGCAUUUGCUAUCCAAAUGCCUCAAUCUCCAUAUACUUGUAUGGGUUAUUACUUAACAUUCUAUUCUCAAAAAAACAAUGCACAAGAAGUAUUAUUUCUGCGUAUUACAGAUUAUUACUUCUGGGGAAAAGUAUAUGUUUAUGAUCGGAGAAAAGACGAACUGAAGGAAGUGCGGAUUGACUUUCUAGAACAGAACUCAGGUUAUGACUACUUUGGUGGUAUGUGUUUCUAUGUUGAGAGUUUUAUUAAUUAA